CAGUGGUUUCAGCACUGUGUCCCUAUCCUUCAGGAUAUUCCAUCCCACUCUGCAGCUAAGGACACACUGCUGUGCUGAAGGCAUUCAGCAGGAGGCUGGUGAAGAGACAGGACCGUACAUAGUGCUGCUGCUGGAAAGUUGCUCUAGUACAGGAUAUGCUUACAUCAGUCUGAGGACCACAGAGGAGGCACUGCGCUAAUUACUGGAAACUCACAACGCUCUAUUUAUUGUUGCUCGUGUUUUAGCAGCUACUUACCUGAUAGUUGUGGGAUCUGGGGCAGAGAUAGGAUUGCUCAGACAUGUUAAGCUGUGUCACCGUGGCCAUGCUGUGUCUGCUGUUUGGAUGCCUGAUGCUAACAGGACACAGCGCUGGUUCCAAGAUUGCAACUGUGUUGAAUGUAAAAGCAAAAGAGUUGAUUGUACAAGCAGGACAGCCAAUCCACCUUUCAUGCAGUGGUGAUCAAACACUUUCCUGGAAAUUCCCAGCUGCCUCAAGGAAAGAAAUUAACAGGUUCCAUAUUAUGGAGAACGUAUGCCAUGGAGGCUCUAAGGACUCGUGCCAAACGAAUUUAACGCUGCACAAAGCACAGAUCCAUGACACUGGAUUCUACCGAUGCCAUUACAAGCACCUCACCAAGGAACCGUCUGCUGUCUACAUAUAUGUUACAGAGGGAAACAGUGCAUUUGUAGACCUGCAAACUGACCAACCACAAGUAAUUACCAUAAAUGAUGGAGAGAAGUUAGUUAUCCCUUGUCGGGUUACAUCCCCCAACAUCACAGUCACAUUAAAAAAGACCUAUGGAGCUGUGCUGUCUAAACCUGGUGCCAGGUCUGUUGUUUGGGAUAGUAAAAAAGGCUUCAUCAUCCGAAAACCAAACUACACGUUUUUUGGCCUUUUAAGCUGUGAGGCUAUGGUGAAUGGAGUCGUCCACGUGAUGACCUAUUUUACAAUCAGGCAAUCCAUUGACAUUCACAGCAUUCAACUUAGCGUACCAAGCUCCAUCAAACUGCUGCGUGGCAAGUCUCUGUCUAUCAACUGUAAUGCAACGACUGCUCUGAAUUCUAGAGCUGAAAUACAAUGGACAUACCCUGGUCUGAAAUAUGGAAAACUUGCUUCUGUCGUAAAGAGGAUCUCCCUUACCAGCACCAACGCCGUGAUUCAUAGCAUGCUGUAUAUUUCUGAGGUACAAACAGUCGACCAGGGAACAUACAUCUGUACUGCAAAGAAUGGACCAUUAAUCAAAUAUGUGAACACUACGCUUCGUGUGCAUGCUGAACCGUUUAUUAAUGUAAGACCCAUAAAGACAGAUGUAUUAGAAUCUGUAGUGGGACAGAAGUCUUUUCGUAUUGCAGUCAAAGUGAGAGCUUUUCCACCUCCUGAAAUAACAUGGUGGAAGAACAACUUAUUAGCGGCAGAUAAAUGUGCACGGUACAUAAUCAACAGCAAUAGCCUAACCAUUAAAAAUGUGGCGGAAGAAGAUGCAGGUGAAUACACAGUGGUCCUGCGACUAAAACAAUGGAACCUGGUCAAAAACCUAACCAUGACCCUCAAAGUCAAUGUGAAGCCUCACAUUUAUGAAAAAUCAACAUCAAUCCAAGAACCAGAUCCCCGUAAACUAGGCAGCAGGCAAAUACUGACAUGUACAGUGUAUGGUGUUCCACCACCUUCCAUAACUUGGACCUGGCAUCCAUGUCCGAGGAACUAUUCUAGGUCAAGGUGUGAUUUCCAACCUGACAAUGCUGUCCUUCUAAACGUGAGGAAAUAUAACAGCAGUACGGACAAUAAGGUUUACAAUAUCAUAGAACGGACACGUACAAUUGAAGGAAGAAACAAGACUGCAAGCACUCUUAUUAUAGACGAUGCUGCAACAUCUGGUGUUUACAGCUGCAUCACAUCCAAUAAUAUAGGAACUGAGAGAAGAGAUAUAAGCUUUUUUGUUACAGAUGUAGCAAAUGGAUUUCACAUAACCUUGGACAAGGUACCAAAAGAAGGUGAAAACAUGACAUUAACUUGCUCUGUUAACAAAUAUCUGUACACCAACAUAAGCUGGAUUCUGCGCAGGCGAGUUGGGAAUCGUACAAUUAACCACAGCAUCAGCAAACAAAGAAGUGCUACUACAACUGAAUACUCAACCAUUUUAACAGCGACUGUGCAUAAUGCCACUCAGGCUGACUCAGGGGUGUAUGAGUGCAGAGCCACAAACACAUACAGUGGAGACAUAGUUUCACAAAGCAAAGAGAUUACUAUCACACAUUUGGAUAGAAAAACACAGCUUUCACGGACCUCAAAACAAAGAAGAAAACAUUAUGCAUCAGAACGUAGAGGAGCCCACUAAGAUGACUCUAAUCAUUAUUAUGAAAGAUUGUGAUUUUAAAAAUGAAGGUACUGAAUAUGCUUCCAGAAAGGAUUGGAGAUGUCUCACUUAACUACAUUCUAAUACUAACUCUAUUGUAUAGGAAGCGAUCAAUCUUCCUGAGAUAUACCAGUUCAAAGUUGAAGGACCAUGUCUCCAAAGACUAAUCUUCAAAUUGUUCCAGCUAUAAGUGUACCCAGGGUUAUUUGAAUAUUUUGGCAUGU